AUGGUGCGCAUCACUUUCGUCCCCCAGAACUUCGCGAAUUCCGAUGUACGCCGGUAUAGCAGAAUUCGCACACCAGCAGGAAGCCAUUCCAGGAAAGCUAAUCUCGCACUCUGCAAAACAGGAGGCGGCUUCGCUAUGGCUGCUGGUCCCUCUCACUUCGACUUCUGGUUGGAUUUGCUGCAGGUCGUCAACAGCAACGGCCACGAUAUCGCCGUGUUCUUCCCACGCUACACGCUCACCCCACACGCCGUCUAUCCGAUCCAGCUGCAGCAAGCUGUCGGCGCGCUGCGCUACAUCCUGACAGAGACAGACCGGGCCCCAGCGAACGUGAUUGUUGGCGGCGACUCGGCCGGCGGCAAUCUGGCAAUGGCUGUGCUGCUGCAUCUGUCACAUCCGCACCCGGAAAUCGAGCCGGUGGCCUUGUCUGGGCCGCUGGCGGGCGUAUUCGGGUUCGCACCGUGGAUUAAUUUCAGUCAUGACUGGUCAUCUUUUAAGGAUAAUGCAUACAAGGAUGUCGUCACAGAACGCUGUUUAAGGAGGUGGUCAUCGGCUUAUCUAGAUGGUCGACCGGGAGAUAGCUGGAGCGAGCCAGAAAAAGCACCAGUAGAGUGGUGGAAAGACUCGAAGACCGAGCAAAUCUUGUUGCUGGCGGGUGGAGAUGAGAUGCUGUUAGGGCCGAUUGAGUUCUUCGCAAAGAAAGUGAAGGUAUGCAGGUCUUAG